AUGGCCAAGGCCUGUGCGGUUGCCGGGAGGCCCGCCGUCCUCGAGCGCAUCACCCAAUGGGAAAGUGUGGUCAACACCCUGAAGGCAGCCAUUGCGGUUGCGACGUGGGACGACCCACAGGUGCUCUUGCGAGAGAUGGAGGGAUGCCGCCUACCCCUGGCGAAUAUCGUCGAGCCGAUGCUGGGUGGUGGCAAUGCUGAAGGGGCAUACGACACGCUCGCGGAAGUCUACAAGAACACGCCCGAUGGGUUUUUGGCCAUGUGCCCCUACCCGCCGGGAGGCGAGGUCGACCUGCUGAUCGUAUCGGACUCAUCUCUUGCUCUGGUACCUGACCCCCAAGCAGGGAAGGCUUCGUGUUUUUCCGGAGGCGAUCUUUUGAAGCCCUGGGGAGACAUCCGUGGCAUUUACACAAAAAUGUUGUGGGGCAAAGGUUUGAAUCACAUGGUGCAGUACAUCCCCGAGGCCAUCGACGACAUCGAGUCCACCAAUCGUGCACAUGGUCGCCCGGUUUUGCCGGUGUUGGUCAUCGUGGGGUGGGCCGGCAAUGAUGUGUUUGGCGAAGGGGGUUACAGAGGUGUCCAUUGGAUCCACAGGGCUGCCUACAACAAGUCUGCUGCCGACCGGGAGGUCACGGCCAACUGGUGUGAGCGGCAAAAGGCAAGAGUCGAGCGGUCCGUCAACGAACUGGGCCAGCUCAAACGUGAUGAGCCUCGGAUCCUGGACAUCGUGGUCGUUGGGAACGCUGACGCGGAAAUCUUUGCUCUCCCGUCAGCCUACAAUGAGACCAUGCGGGUCCACAUCAGGGCACUUCGAGAGGACCAUGGUAUUCAAACUUUGGACACCACCUUGAUGCUUGCCAGAACUGUGAGAUAUGACAAGGUGCAUUUGGAAGACGACGACAUCAACCGGAAGUAUGUCACCAACUUCCUCCAAGCCGUCGCUGAUUGCCACCUUGCCUACCUCAAGCUCAUCAGCGUCGACGAUCACUUGAGAACGCUCCCAAGAAUUGACGAUCUCCAGGAGCAGAAGAACUACCCGAACCUCACCAUCCUCAAGGCCGCGUACCAGCUUGAAAUCGAUUCGAAUGUAUCCUCUCCAAAAGAUCUUCCUCAGCGACCUGAUCCUGAGAAGCUCAUGUUGGAUGCAGAUAUCGAGAUUUUCAACUGGGUGCUUCAAGCUGAGGAGAGCGCCACAGCCUCUGCCGACCGGGAGGUCGAGUCCUGGUUGCGUGACAUCCCUGAAGAGGACCAGGCAUUGGAACCAAUGCACCAUGACAACGCUGAUUCGGACGAUGAGGCUGUCAAAGUUCAGGCCCUCACCAUGGAUGAUCGAAUUUUGGCAAGGCGAAAGGGCCUUUCAGAGGAGCACGACCAAGAAUGGCAAGAUGCCACCUAUGCGGCUGAGGAUGAAGAUGAGGACUUCAAAGGGUGGGACCUCAUUGAGGAUGACAAACGCCCGCCGGGAGUCGUGGCCAGUGACCCAGUACAUGAAGACGAAAAGGAGCUGGACCUUGACGACCUCGAGACGGUGGCUUCGGUGGAGAUUGUCGAUGAAGAGGAGUUCCACGACGCUGAGGAGGGGCAGGCAGAGCCGAUUGAUGAUGAUGACGAUGACGACAUGGCCGUGAUCGACAAGGUCUCUUCUAUGCAGGCCUCGAAGUCUGAUGCACGGGGGGACCCGGAGCCCAUGGAUGUUGAUGAUCAGGGCAACAAGAUGGUCCAGAGUACGGCAUCAGCGAAGACCUGGAAGACGGAGAUGGCCCAGAGCUCGUCAUCGGCAAAGACGUGGAAAACUGACAUGGCUCAGAGCACCUCAUCUGCAAAGACAUGGCGAACUGACACCACUGCAGCUGCGUCGGCGGGAGCCACGCCUUCUGACCCGACGUCCAAGCUCAAGCCCAAGAAGAAGGCCAUGCCAAAGAGAUUGAAGGUUGUGGAUGAGGGACAUGGGCCAAGUGCUGAACAGUUUGACACGUCGAAAUUUGCCUCAGCACAGGAUCUGGUUUGGAUUGAGCCGGACAACAUGGCAGGAGUUCCUGUGCGCAAGGUGGACUACGGGAGGCUCGGAUCAAUUUCCCAUGCUAUGUCCGACUACCUCCGUGGCCAUCGAUUGUUUCACAGGAGGCCAUCACCUGAGAUUCGGAGGACUGAUUUGUCAAUGGACUUCAAGGCAUUGGUGAGGCAUCUCCAAGGAGAUUUUGCGCACCUUCGAGAAGAAGAAGUUUUGAUGGUUGUGCGCAACUCUCCGAUGCGUCGCUUCAGAGUCCAGGUGAACGGCUUGUCGUCCGGAAAGCUCAGGUGGACGCCAGUGAGGAUCAGGGCCAUUCAGGGUCAUCGGGCCUUUCUCGUGGAGCAAGGGGGGAUGUCAAGCAUGAUCAAAACGAUGUUCACUUUUGAUGAGAACUUCGACCAGACCAAGAUCGACGACCCAACGGUCCACCCCGCAUUCUCCGCGAUGCCGGAAGGCUCGCCUGAAGUCCUCAAGCAGGCCAAGGCCGAGUUUGAUCCGACGGAUGUUCUCAUGAGCCGCAUGGAAAUGUUGAUGGAAAAUGCCCAGUUGAACUUUGAAGGCAUCAAAGAGCGCAUUGAGUUCGGCAAGCUCCUCCCCUUUUCCAGGCGUGAAGACAUUGAAGUCGAGAAGAGUACUGCCACCCGGGAGGGUGAGCCGGCAUCAGGUUCUCAGCUGGUGCCCGGCUACACCGUUGGAAAGAUGGCCGCCAUGACAAGCACGGACGCCUGUGGCUUCCAACGUCGUGGACGGAAUGGACCCGGUGGUGGAAAUUGGAGUCGAGGGCAAGGUCGACACGGAUUUGAGUUGCAAUUCAAGGACAUUUCCUACAACCAGAUCCAAGACACGCCUCAGGUACGUUGUGGCCAUCCGAUCUGUGGAUAUCUGAUGAUGGAUGGGCAUUUGAAAUGCCCGCGCUGCUUCCGGCAGAUGGAACCCGUGACCGAUGCCAACAUCGCCACGGAAGUUGCCCGCCGGGAGGCGAUGGCCCGUACCAGAGGAGUGCCCUUCUCCAUGGACAAGGUGAUCUUCAACCACCCGCGAAGAGGCAGAGUAGCCAGGCAGCCGGAGAAGGGAUCAUCAUCUUCUUCGACAGCCAUCCGGACCAGAAGCACCUAUGGCAACUUGAGAGAUAUGGCCAAGAACUACGUGAGAUCUUUCAAGAAAAGGGGCUUCAAAGACCUUGUUGACCGACUCGUCCGCGACCCGUUCUUUCAGUUCAAUGCGGCGAAUCAAAACUUGGUGCCGGAAGCCUUGCUCUUCAUUGAGCGUUUGGCUGGCUGCGUGAGCCCGACCAUUGAGCGCACCAAAGCUCAGGUUCUUGGUGAAAAGCUUGAGAUGGCCACCAAGUUGAUCUUUGUGCCAUCGUCGGAGCGGGAGCCCGACCAACCCUUGGAUCUUCACACCGAGGUGUUUGUGUCGCAUCGGGGCGUCUUUCUCGACAUUGGCCAAUUCGCAGUCUACGUGGCGAAGUUCAUCAAGCCAAGGCAAAGACCUCUACCCAUUGUUUAUGGAUGGGGCAAUCGUGACUUUGUGCCUGAUGCUUCAGAUGCCAAAGAGAUCGCGAAAGAAUUGGUGGAGUUCAGCAAGCUGCAAUGGUCGAACUUUGCCUCCCAACAGACGCACAAGGAGUCUGAGACCACCGGCGACGACCGGGAGGUCAGUCUUCCUCAUGCAAGUGCAGCCAUCAGCCAACCUGAACAUCAACGACCCCAUCACGAGCAGUUUGAACCGAAUCUUGGCAAGCCUGCUCGCGGCGGUCCUUACGGCCAGGGCGGUGGUGGUGGAAAAGGUCAUCACAAAGGUGGAGGACAGACCAAAGGGAAGGGACAGCAGAAGGGGAAGGGCAAGCAAGGCAGAAGCCCACCGGGAGGUGUGGCCUACGGUGACUUUGAAGGAGAUUCCUUCUGGGUUCAGGGCUAUCGCUACACGUGGUACUGGAAUCAACAGCGAGGCUGGUACUGGCGCUGGACCUGA